AUGGCUGCUCAAGGGUCACCUGAUUUUGCUAGCCUCUAUGAAUUAAAGGAAGAACUUGGACGAGGGGCUUUCUCAGUUGUUAGAAGGUGUAUUCAGAUAUCUACGAAUCUUGAAUUUGCUGCCAAAAUAAUUAGUACGAAAAGGCUCGCUACUAGGGAUAUGCAAAAACUUGAGCGGGAAGCACGAAUCUGUCGCCGUCUCAAACAUCCAAAUAUUGUGCGACUACAUGACACUAUUCAGGAUGAAAACCAUCACUACCUUGUCUUUGAUCUCGUCACUGGAGGAGAACUCUUCGAGGAUAUCGUUGCUAGAGAAUACUACAGUGAGGCUGAUGCGAGCAACUGCAUGAAGCAGAUUCUUGAGAGCGUCAACUAUUGCCAUCAAAAUAACAUUGUCCAUCGCGACCUCAAGCCAGAAAACCUGUUGCUCGCGAGCAAGACGCGUGGGGCUGCAGUCAAAUUGGCAGACUUUGGCCUCGCGAUCGAGGUGCAGGGUGACCAGUUCUCGUGGUUUGGCUUUGCUGGAACUCCCGGCUACCUUUCCCCUGAAGUCCUUCGAAAGGAGCCUUACGGAAAGCCGGUGGACAUCUGGGCUUGUGGUGUGAUUCUCUACAUCCUCCUCGUCGGCUAUCCACCGUUCUGGGACGACGACCAGAACCGCCUCUACAGCCAAAUCAAGUCGGGCUCGUACGAUUACCCGCCGCCAGAAUGGGACACGGUGACGGCAGAGGCGAAGAAUUUGAUCAAUUCCAUGUUGACCAUGAACCCCUCCAAGCGCAUCACCGCGGCCGAGGCACUCAAACACCAAUGGAUCUUCCAACCCGAGCGCGUCGCCUCGAGCAUGCACAGGCAGGAGACGGUGGAGUGCUUGAAGAAGUUCAACGCCAAGCGAAAGCUCAAGGUAAGAACAGGUUCCUCUUUGACGUAG